CUAGGCUCAUAUCAUCAUUCGUCCAUAUCAUCUGCGUGGACUGCACAGCUUGAUCCACUCUCAUCUGUGAGCGACAUGAGCCGCAUUAAGCUGGGAGGUUCUAGAUCAUUCCACAACGAUCUCUUCGAGUCAGUUCCUGUCAUUUCCCGCACCUCAAUGCUUGGCAACCUUCUGCUCAGCCGACGUGUCCUAGAACACGUAUCUGCACUCGACACGUCUUGCUUCGUUGACUUGUAAUACAAAAGCCCUUCCAUUGACCCUCCAAUGGCUACAAUUCACAUCCACCACGCUUCGAACACACGCUCAUGCCUCAACCCAAGCACCUCGCUCGCCGGCGUCGCCCCACGCGCACACAGGCGCGCUCCACGCUGACCACGGCAGCUUUCAUCUUUCUCGCGCUCUUGGCCCUCGUAUGUCUAUGCCCGGUUUCUGUAAAGGCGGAGGGGCAAGAACACGCUGAGAAACGCGACAAUGGCGCAGUUAUUGGCAUUGACCUCGGGACCACCUAUUCAUGCGUCGGCAUACUGCGCAACGGCCAGGUCGAAAUCAUCGCAAACGACCAAGGAAACCGCAUCACUCCGUCGUGGGUCUCGUUCACCGACACCGAGCGCCUCAUCGGCGACAGCGCGAAGAGCGCGUUCCACAACAACCCGCGCAACACGGUCUUCGACGCGAAACGGCUCAUCGGGAGGACUAUGGACGAUCCGCAGCUCCAGUCGGAUGUCAAGCACUUUCCUUUCAGGGUCAACGACGUGAACGGGAAACCUGCGAUCUCGAUUCGGUACCAAGGAGAGGCGCGGGACCUCACUCCGGAAGAGAUCAGUGCGAUGGUGCUGACCAAAAUGAAGGAGACGGCCGAAGCGUAUCUCGGGGAGAAGGUCACCCGCGCUGUAAUCACUGUCCCGGCAUACUUCAACGACGCUCAGCGUUCAGCGACUCGAGACGCAGGGACGAUCGCUGGAUUGGAUGUCCUGCGGAUCCUCAACGAACCGACCGCGGCUGCACUGGCCUACGGGCUCAACAAACAAGGCGGCGAAAGCAAGGUCCUCGUGUACGAUCUCGGCGGAGGCACGUUCGACGUCUCGCUGCUCUCGAUCGAGGACGGCGUGUUCGAGGUCCUGUCGACCACCGGGGACACCCAUCUCGGCGGGGAGGACUUUGACCACCGCGUCAUGGAUCACCUGGUGCAGGCAUACGAAAAGAAGACGGGCACCGACGUGACGGACAACGCGCGCGCGAUGGGGAAGCUGAAGCGGGAGGUCGAGCGAGCGAAACGGGUGCUGUCGACGCAGCAGAGCGCGACGAUCGAGAUCGACAGCUUUGAGAACGGGAAUGAUCUGCUGGAGACGCUGACGCGCGCCAAGUUUGAGGAGCUGAACAUGGAUCUGUUCCGGCGAUCGAUGAAGCCCGUUGAGCGUGUUCUGAAGGACGCCGGCAUCAAGAAAGAGCAGAUCGAUCAGAUCGUCCUUGUCGGUGGAUCGACUCGGAUUCCCAAAGUGCAGGAAAUUCUCACGCAGUACUUUGGGAAGGAGCCGUCAAAGGGCAUCAAUCCAGACGAAGCAGUGGCCUUCGGUGCCGCGGUCCAAGCCGGGGUCCUCGCAGGCGAGGAAACCGGCGCACUCAUCGUUGAUGUCGUGCCACUCACGCUUGGAAUCGAGACGACUGGCGGCGUUUUCACGCCGGUCAUUCCCCGCGGGACCACGAUCCCGACGAAGAAAUCUCAAGUAUUCUCGACCGCGGCGGACAACCAGGAGACCGUGUUGAUACAAGUGUACGAGGGCGAACGGAAGAUGUCCAAGGACAACAACCAUCUUGGGGAGUUCGCGCUAUCCGGGAUUCCGAUGGCGCCGCGAGGGAUCCCGCAGGUCGAGGUGACCUUUGGGGUCGACGCGAAUGGUAUCCUCACCGUGAACGCGGUGGACAAGGGCACCGGCAACCAGAAAGGCAUCACGAUCACGAGCGGCGGGCGCCUGUCGCAGGCGCAGAUCGACGAGAUGCUCGCGGACAGCGCGCGCUUCGCGGCGCAGGACGAGGAGCACCGCCGCCGGAUCGAGACGCUCAACACGCUCUCGUCGCUGGUGUUCGGCACCCGGAGCGAGUUCGAGGGCGAGGGCGGCGCGGGUCACAGGCUCAAGGAUGUGGAUAAGGAGGAGAUCCUGGCCCUCGUGCGGGAGCACGUGCGCUGGAUUGAUGAGCAGGGCGCAUCGGCUUCGACGGAGGGUCUGGAGGACAAGCUGAAAGAGUUUCAGAGCGCUCUUUCGGAGCUCAAGAGCAGGGCGGGGGCUGUAGACGAGGAGUGGAUGUAUGGGGAGCUGUAGGACUCGGUUAGAUCCCUCUGCGACAAUUGUUGGUAUCUCACAUGUGCCAUCCGCCAAUUUCGAGUAGAUGAAUGCCAUAACAUAACCUUAGCGUUACUAAUCUGGGGUGAAUACAGGACUGUUUCGUCUGGACCUACUCUGCACGUCAAGUAUGGAUCU